AUGCAUAAAGAAAUUCGGAAAAAUUAUCCUAAUUUCAAACAGUACAUAACAAAAAUUUUCUUUGUUCCAGGAGGUACCAACAGCCUUCAAGCUCCCCGUCAGAGCCCUGUGUUCACGACAACCCUCAACCAGUCUUCCACCAACACCAAUCCAACCAUCACCAACUCAGAGUGCUCCAACUAUAUCCGCAAGCAGAUCAUGCAGGCGGAAAUCUUCCAUGGAACGCCGCUCAACAACGAAUACGAGCUUAUUCCAUUCAAUCACUUCACAUACAGCCGAGUCUACCCCAUUGAUUUGGGCCUAGGAAAGAGAGUGGUGGAGAAGCCAAUCGGCUACAAGCGAAAGGACCUCCUAGAAGUACUUAUGAAGGGCCUAGAAAUCCUGAACAAAAACAUAACAGAAAAACUGAACAAGUACACCUUGGACGAUUUUUUAGAAGGACUGUACAGAAUUGAACCGACGACUGGUACACAGUACGAACUGUACUUUCGGACUAAAGUGUCUAGUUUUACAAAAGUGAUAGUGAUGAGACCGUUUGCGCCAUUGCAAACAGUGAAAAGUGUUGGACUCUUAGGACCCAAAGAGAAAGAGCUUAUACAUAUUAUCUUGCCGCUGUCGGGAAGGACGGCGACCUUCCAGAGCUUCAUGGACAAGUUUGUCAAGAUCGGGCUCAAGAAUGACAGAAGGGUGCACCUUACCGUGGUCUACUUCGGCGAAGAAGGCCUGUCAGAAGCUCGUGCCAUCAUGUCGCGCGUGCUGAUGACGAAAAACAGCGGCGGCAACGAGAACAAUCUCCGCCUCCUAGCACUGAACGAAACGUUCUCUAGGGGCAAGGGCCUUCGCGUUGGGGCCGAAAGAACUUGGGGGCCAGGGGAAGGCAAGAACGUGUUGUUGUUUAUGUGUGACGUGGACGUAGUGUUUAGUGCUCGCUUCCUGGACAGGUGCCGGUGGAACACCACGCCAGGGAAGAAAGUAUACUAUCCGGUUGUUUUCAGUUUGUACAAUCCGCAUGUAGUGUACACGUUGCAGGGGAAAGAAGUGCCACCUGAGAACGAUCAGCUGGUGAUAUCUAGGGAUACGGGGUUUUGGAGGGACUUCGGAUACGGGAUGACGUGCCAGUACAGGUCGGAUUUUCUGAAAGUCCGUGGCUUUGAUGAGGACAUUGUGGGCUGGGGAGGCGAAGACGUGAUGCUGUACAGAAAAUAUGUGAGGAGCAACAUGAAGGUCAUUCGGGCCACGGAUCCUGGAAUCUUCCAUAUAUGGCACCCUAAGGUGUGCUCAGGAAGUCCAGGCGGCCAAAAACUCUCCGCCGACCAAUACAGGGCUUGCAUACGCUCCCGAGCCCUGAACGAGGCUUCACAUGCCCAGCUGGGCUUCCUGGCCUUCCGUGAUGACAUAGCAGCGAACGGGGGUGGGGACAAGUACCCCUCGCAUCCCUUGAAGCCUGUCAAGACCUUGAGAAAACCGAAGAUCAGCACUCAACGUACAUAGCACAAGAAGAGAAAGAAGGCGUAGUGAAUUGUGACUUGAGAGUGUGAGCAAAGUGUGAUGCAGUUGAAGAGGCAUUUGAAAAAGUGAUUUCGUUAGGCUGAAAUUAAAUUUGGUAAUCGUAACUGAUGAAAUUACAUUUUUAAACAUACUCGCCACCUUUUGUAGGCAACAGGAGGGCGUAAUGACUUAUUUGUUAAUUUCUGUAAUACUAACGUAUAGAGCAACAAAUAAACGCAAUAUGGUCACCAAGAAGGAAAGUUCAUGUAAGCGCUAUACAGGGAAUAUUUAACUAAAUAACGGUUUUGUACAAGACAGUAAUAAUCAACGGAAACGCACGUGUCUAUUGAUUUUCAGUACAGGAGUAUUUUCUUGCAGCUUUUGGCCAAAGUACGAGUAUUAUUCUUGUGCUCCACUAGGGUUCAUACACAGGGUGUCGAUCAUAAGGUACGAAUUUCUCUGAUGCGUAUUAGGAAAAAACAAUGACUACAGGUUCAUGUGACAAAAUGCCCCACAAGGACAUACAGACCCCUUAAUGGAUACUACUGAAAAUCUUUUUUUCUUAAAUUAGUCUUGAAUCGUAGUGUAUGAUUUAACAAAAUUUUGAGAGUGUAUUUAUAGAAAACAAUAUUGUUAUUGUUUCAGCACAUACCAGCGCUGUUAUACAGUGUGCAAAGUUAGUAGUGAAUCAACGGAAGUCAGGUGAUAUAGGGCCUCAAAACCUGUCCAAUAAACCCCUAUAUGUGAGGUCCGAAUUCUAUAGUUCAGGAGAUACUUGCAAUUUUGUGAAAUUUCGGAAAAACGGGGUAAUGAACUUUCAAUCGCAAUUACAACUAAGCCAUUAGGUUCUGGGCUGUGAUUUUUUUUUUCUGAGAUGGUUUGUUUUAGCAAUGGUUAUGGCAGUUUUUAACAGAGCUUAUUAGAAAUCAACACAUGAAAUCUUAAAUUCUUUUUUUUGUGAAAAAUCUCUUCCAUCACUCAACUUCGUGUGCGGCAAAAAAAAUUGAGGUUGUAUUUCAUCAUUCAUUUUAUUGUAAAAACCAUUUCAAUCCAUGUAGAAUUAACCCUGAAAAUUUCAGCUUGCUACCAUAUGUUCCUCACCUUAAAAAAUCUGUAUGUUUGACGCACGUAGGUAUCUUUACAUGUAAACAAGAAAUUCUAUUUAAAUCGCCAUAAAGAGCGGCUAAACACAAUAGCUUCUCUACUUGUAGGUGGUGAGAAUUCUAUUGCGUUUUUUACGUUUAUCGCAUCACAACAACGAAUGUGACAUGAUACACUCAUCGAAGGAAGCUGAAAUUUUCAGGGUUAAUUCUACAUGGACUGAAAUAGUUUUUACAAUAAAAUGAAUAAUGGAAUACAACCUCAAUUUUUUUAUAUUGCCCUCCAAAGCUGAGGGAUGGAAGAGAUUUUUCACUAAAAAAUUAAUUGAAUAUUUUUUGCUUUGAUUUUUAAUAAGCUCUGUUAAAAAGUGACAUGAAUCUUGCUAGAACAAACCAUUUGUCUCAUCUUUUAGUUUAGUUAUAAUUGCGAUUGAAAGCUCAUUAUCCCAUUUCUUCAAAAUUUUACAUAAUUGUAAAUAUCUUCUGAACUAUAAAAUUUCGGACCACACAUAUAGGGGUUCAUUCGAUAGGUUUUGGGGCCUCUAUCACCCGACUUCCGUUAUCCACUAUUAACUUUGCACCCUGUAUAAUCCGGUGUCCUGUUUCCACCAUUUUGAAAAUAUUUCUGUUCUCACCGUCAUAUCAUAUUGGAAUAAAGCUCAAUAUUCUCCUUCUUCCACAAAAUAUUAAUUUUUUGUGCUAUAAUUAUACACUAUGUGAAAAAGACAUACAUUCAUACAAAUUUUGCCUCAAAACUAUUCCACCCUGGGCGAUCUAAAAAGAAAAUUCGACCUCCAGUAGCAGCCUCUAGAGACCUAUAUAUUCGUGGGGAGCCUGGAAAAACAUUUGUAUAUAUGCUUGAGGUCAUUGCCUUCUUUGUAUAUACAUAUACAUACAUAAAUACGAGAUACUGUGUUAUCUUAUUUUUGUAGUAAGACUAGGCAAUUUUAAGAAAAUGUCUGUUAUACGUCUAGCUGCUACUGAAAUAAGCUGUACAAGACUUAAACGUGUUUGGCCCAUAAUUUUUGAUGCUCUCUACAAUAAUAUGUAUACUUCAUUUUGCCUCAACUGCAUUAGAGGUUCGUUUAGCUGUAACUGCAGAUUGGAUGAGAUUGAGGUACUAAAUGUUCCCCAAGAACUAAGAUAAUAACGGUCAUUCAUUUGUUAAUUUGCUUCUUGUGAAUAAUUAUUGUUACAGUUCUUCCCAGAAUGCUGCGUAGUUACCAUUUAAUGAUAAUGAACGGUCGUAAUGAUUGAAAUAGAUACCCCGAAAACGUGAUAUUCCGUUAUUAUUUUUAUGUUAGUUUUGUGACUCAAACAGUACAUUGGGUAUUGACAGAAUGAACAGCGCGCUUGACCCGAGAAGUCUGGAGAUAGGAUUUUAUACCCAGUUUGGUUUGAACAAAGCAUCAAAGACCAACUACCUGGUUGUUCAGGUAUAGUUUAUAUUUCCCACCAAUAAUCCAACAGAUCUUUUUAAGUUUUCGAGAAAAUGUGCAUUGGCCUAAAUGGAUUCCUAGAUACCACCCGUGAAUUGAUUGUAGAGUUGGUAAAGUAUUGACAGUUAUAGAAUGGGCAGAUUUUUCUAAAUAGGGUGUUUCAUCAUCUUGAUCGGUAAGAUUAGAAGGAAGAUUCUCGGAUAUGCUCAAUAUAUCUUUUGAGUCAUUUGCUUUCCGUACUUUAAGGCUGUUAAAUAAGGUCACAUCGAAUACCUAUCCUUUCUGUUAUUUUUAAGACCUUUCCAAAAAUUUUGUGAUUUUUUAAUCGUUAAAUUUAGAUAUGUUUAUAAAAACGCUUUGUAUACACAUAAAUGUAGAAAAAUGUAGGUAAUAUGAAAAUUGUUGAAAACGUCCUGGAUGUAAGAGAAACAAAUCACCAAGAGUUUAUUGUAUGAUAUGUCAGCCAGUUUUUUGAUAAAAGGUUGUAAAGCA